ACAGGUGGCGACGUUGUGGGUAGAAUAUCGUCUUGCAAGUUUGGAGCUUAGCAGCAGCUCCGGCAAAUUCGGCAAAUACGCUCGUAAUAGGUGUAAUUUAACUAAGUCAUAAGUUAUAGAGUUAUAGAAAGUCAAUUGUAGUCUUUAGAUUCUCUCAGUGCAAUAAAGUUUUUAUGUUUACAUAAGCAGUCAGUGAAUUCAACUACAACUACAACAAUGUCGAACCAGCUACAGGAAGGCGCCCUUGUCGGUUGCGGCAAUCCCUUGCUGGACAUUUCAGCUACCGUGCCCAUGGAUUUCCUCAAGAAAUAUGAGAUGAAAGAGGAUGAUGCCAUUUUAGCCGAGGAGCGUCACAUGCCCAUCUACCGUGAGCUGGUUGAUGGCUUCCAGGCGGAGUUCCUGGCCGGCGGCUCUGUCCAGAACUCGUUGCGCAUUGCCCAGUGGAUCAUUGGACAGCCCAAGGUGGCCGUCUUCUUUGGCUGUGUCGGCGAGGAUGACUAUGCCACGAUCUUGAGGCAAAAGGCACGCGAAGCCGGCGUCGAUGCUCAUUAUCAAGUCAGCUCCGACACUUCGACUGGCACCUGUGCUGUUCUCAUCACCGGAACGCAUCGUUCGCUCUGUGCGAACCUUGCUGCCGCCAACAAAUUCACCAUCGAUCAUCUGGAGCAGCCGGCCAACAAGGCGUUAAUUGAAAAUGCCCUUUACUACUAUAUAUCCGGUUUCUUCCUGACCGUAAAUCCGCCCAGCAUAAUGCGCGUGGCCGCCACAGCCCUUGCCAAACAGCGACCGUUCCUAAUGAACCUCAGCGCACCAUUCAUAUCGCAAUUCUUCAUGAAACCACUGCUGGAUGUGAUGCCAUAUGUUGACAUUAUAUUCGGCAACGAAGCGGAGGCGCAUGCCUUUGCCACCGCUCAAGGUUGGCCCGAAGAUGAGAGUCUGCGUGAGAUUGGCAAUCGCCUGGUCAAUCUACACAAGCUGAAUACGUCACGACCCCGGAUUGCCAUACUCACGCAGGGCUGUGAUCCCGUGCUGUUGAUUCAGCACGAUUCGGUCAAAGAGUUCCCAGUCACAUGUUUGGCGGCCCAUGAAAUUGUGGAUACCAAUGGCGCUGGGGAUGCAUUCGUUGGUGGUUUCCUAUCGCAGUUUGUGCAGGGCAAGUCGCUGGACGUGUGCAUACGCUGUGGUAAUUAUGCUGCCGGUCAUAUCAUCAAGAAUCCUGGCUGUACGUAUUCCGGAGCGCCGCAGUUUAUCGAAUAAACUAUCAUCAUGAUGAUAAACUUGUACACACACACCACACACAACACACACACCACACACACACGCUCGCUGAGUACAGCCGAUAACAACCUUAAAGGAGGCAUAAGCAUUGCGCAAAUAGAUUUGCAAUUAUUGCAUAAAUUAAGUUCAAAGAGUGACUAAGACAAUUUAUAAACAUUGAUAAUUAUUUGUACAUAUAAUUAACACAUACAUAUAUGUAUACUGACACACACACACACUCAAACAUACACAUACUUGUGAGUUAUGCACGCAAACACUCUGGGCCUUGUGGUUUAUAUACAAAGUUAGAGCAAUAUUCGAAUUUAAAUUGAUAAUAAUAAUAAAAAAAAGAAACAUGAACAAAUCCCACUAACUUACACAUACGAAAAAAA